UCAGAAGAAGCAAUGCCAAAUCAGUGAGGUACUCUGCACGGAGCCACAGGAAUGAAUGGUACAGAAGUUCACAGCAUGAUCCAGAUCCAUUUAUCUCUCAGAGUUCUGCUGACUGUGCUGCCGUGCCUCCUUUUUCUCUUCGUUAACAGCAUCAUGCUGUUUAAAUUGCUGAAAAAGCCCCUGUUCAUGGAGUCCCCCCGUUACGUCCUGUUCGGGCACUUGCUGUUCUCGGACUCCCUCCAGCUCCUUCUGACGAUGCUGCUCUACAUAUUAGCUUUGACCAUGGUCAGAAUCAUCACCUGCGUUUGUGUUGUUGUCAUCCAGCUCUCAGCCAUCACUGUUAAGAUGUCUCCCAUCAACCUGGCUGUCAUGUCUUUGGAGAGAUACGUUGCCAUUUGCUUCCCUCUGAGGCACGGCACCAUUGCCACCUUCAGGGCGACGCGCGCAGCCAUCGCCGUCAUGUGGACUUUGGCCUCCUUAGACUCUUUCGUGCAACUUUUUCUGUUUUUCAGUCUCAGCACCAGAAGCCUUACCGCUCACCAGAUCUGCAGUAGAAAAGGCGUGUUUCAGCUGCAGGUUUACGUGAUUAUAAAUCAGGUUUUCACAGUUGUAAAUUUCGUCCUGGUGACCGUGAUCAUCUUUUACACGUAUGUUGCGAUCAUGGUUGCUGUGAAGUGCCGCUGUUCUUGUGUGCACAGGGCCAAAAUGGCCCGUAAAACCGUGCUCCUGCAUAUGCUCCAGCUGUGUCUGUAUCUCAUCUCCUCUCUGUUCAGCAUGAUAAACUCCAGUGAGCUGCUAAACCUGGAUCCAGCUGCUGCUUUUUACAUCCACCCCAUGCUCUUCUCAGGUCUGAUCAUCCUGCCCAGAUGCUUGAGCCCAGUCAUAUAUGGUCUUAGAGAUCACAAACUGAGACAAGUCUUCAAAUGCAAUUUCACCUUUGUUUACAAAGCGUCAGUAGAGCCACAUCCCAGGUCUUGAUUGCUUAAUUGGAAUAUGUCAUUUAUGGAAAUGUGCAAACUUUAUUUAUCAUUGGAGAGCCAUGGUAAUGUGAAUAAUAAUUGAAAGAAUAUGCUUUGAAGCUGUUUUUAGAUUAAUAAUACCAUGUAGAACACACAAAUAACCCUCUCAAACUAUAUUUAAAGGCAGCUUUACAUACAAACAAGAUA